UGGAAGAUUACACGCGCCAUCUUGGAUCAGGGCAGGUUUUUAAACUGGAAAAAAAGUCAAAGAGCACCAAGGAAGAAACAACUAUCAAACGUCUCAAAGAUACCGCACGAGCUGGACGAGAAAAUGACAGCGGGUUUAAAGUCAUGACAUCGGUUUAAAAGCACUUUUUAAAGAAACUCUAUCGGAGUAAAGAGAAGCUAACAUUGGAGCGGGAGGAUUUCCCUCAGCUGCUGGGAAACUAGUUUCGUAUGUUUGCUAAUAUAAACACCUUUACCUGUCGGACAUGACAUCAGGUAAUCCAGAUAUGUCUGAGGUCCCGUCUAUGGCCAUGGCCUCCUCUAAUGGAUCUCAUUCCAACGGUGUGCAAAAAGCUAACAAACGACAAGCCACCUCCGACUAUGAGGAUGAUGAAGGAGGCAAAUUAUUCAGGUGUGAUGAUGAUGGAGGUGGAUCAAAUGACAAGGAGAGAUUUGCCAGGGAGAACCACAGCGAGAUCGAACGCCGGCGGAGAAAUAAAAUGACAGCGUACAUCACGGAGCUGUCGGACAUGGUGCCCGCCUGCAGCGCUCUGGCACGAAAACCAGACAAACUUACCAUCCUGCGCAUGGCUGUAUCACACAUGAAGUCACUGAGAGGAACCGGAAACACCAGCACCGAUGGCACCUAUAAACCCUCCUUUCUCACAGACCAGGAGCUGAAGCACCUGAUUCUGGAGGCAGCUGAUGGUUUUCUGUUUGUCGUGUCGUGCGAGACUGGUCGUGUUGUUUACGUGUCGGAUUCUGUAACGCCGGUUUUAAACCACUCUCAGGCAGACUGGCUGGGAUCUUCACUAUAUGAUCAGCUUCAUCCAGAUGAUGUGGAGAAGCUCAAAGAGCAGCUUUCCACCACCGAGAACAAUAACAACAGCGGCCGGAUGUUGGAUAUGAAAACGGGCACGGUGAAGAAGGAGGGUGGUCAGGCCUCUGUGAGGAUGAGUAUGGGCGCCCGGCGCUCCUUCAUCUGCAGAAUGAGGUGUGGCGUGUGUCCAGUAGAGCCCGUGUCUCUUAACAGACUGAACUUCCUGAGGACCAGAAACAGGAACGGAUUGGGUUCUGCUAAAGACGGCGAGCUGCAGUAUGUGGUUGUCCACUGCACAGGCUACAUCAGAUCUUGGCCUCCUGCAGGAGUGACUCUGUCUGAGGAAGAGGCUGAUAAUAAUCAGGGAAAUCGUUUCUGUCUAGUCGCAAUCGGAAGGCUACAGGUCACCUGUUGCCCGAGCGACACAAGCGUAAACAACAUCAGCGUUCCAGUGGAGUUUAUCUCCCGCCACAACUCUCAGGGCGUUUACACGUUUGUGGAUCACCGCUGUACGGCCACGGUGGGCUUCCAGACUCAGGAGUUGCUGGGGAAGAAUAUUCUGGAUUUCGCACACCCAGAAGACCAGGGUUUACUGCGAGACAGCCUUCAGCAGGUGGUGAAGCUGCGAGGUCAGGUGAUGUCGGUGAUGUUUCGCUUCCAGUCUAAAAGCCGCGAGUGGAUCUGGAUGAGGACGAGCUCCUUCACCUUUCAGAACCCUUUCUCUGAGGAGAUCGAGUACAUCAUCUGCACCAACACCAACGUCAAAGGGUCGAGCGAGGGCUCCGUGUCCCCUCUGUCGUCCCCUUCACUGGGCCAGAGCCCAAACUGCCCCUCCACCCCCAGCCCAGGCUGCGUCACGGUCAGGCAGUUGCAGCAGCAGCAGCAGGUGGAGUUAGAUGGAGGAGGAAUGAGCCAGGAAACAACCUAUGAAAACAGCCAGGUCGCUCUUCCUCAGGUUUCAGUGCAGACAUGUGGUGUAGUCAAUGCUGAUCACAGCUCUAAGGCUGUUUCCUCCAGUGUGUCCAGUGUGCAGCAGGUUUACCCUCCAGCAACAGCUUUCCCCAGCCCCGCACGACCCACUGAACCUUUCAGGUCCCCUGUUCUGCCGCAGCAGAUGGUGCCUGUGGCUCAUUCAGCGGGUCAAAUGUUGGCACAGAUGUCCCGCCAGAGCACUCCGUCUGGGGUCUCCGGCUCCAACAACAGCCCCAUCCAGGCCCCGUCGGGACCCACAGCACCCCCUGGAGUCUGGAAUACCACACGGCAACCCUUCAGCACACAGCAGGUUGCAGGUCCAAUUGGAAAGAACCAGCCUGCUCAGUUUAACAUGGGAGGCUUUAGCUCCGCCUCUACAUCCUCCACCUCCUCUUCCUUUGGCCAGAUGGGCGGAGCCUCGGCUUCAAUGGCAAGCACAUCCAGCUACCAGCAAAUAAACAGUCACAGCAACCCCUCCAGUAAUGGAUACGGUAAUGUUGGUCAGAUGGCAGCAGCGUUCGGCUCCAGGCCAGCAGAGGGCAUCACAGGCUGGCAGCAGUGGCCCAAUCAGACACACACACAAGCCUCCGCAGACACACAAGUGCAAAACAACCAGACGGACAUGUUUCCGGAUGUUCUCUCCAUGUUGGAUCAGAGCGGGAGCUUCAGUAAUGGGGAUUUCUCAGAGAUGCCCAUGUUUCCUCCGUUUCCUGAGUGAUGCGUUUCCUCCGUCUGCCGCUUCGCCCUCGCUCGCCAUUGCUUACGCUUUUAACCAAAUGGACGACAGAAUCCAGCCGAGAGACGAGUGCUGCGCGAGGAUGAAGCUGUAAGCCAUAAUAAUGUGAGACAGAGAACAGAAAACAGCAGAGCAGACACACACACACACACACACACACACACACACACACACAUACACUCUCACACACACACACACACACACACACACAGAUGGAAGUGUCGGUGAAACUUGUUGACUUUCAAAUCACGCACAAUUGCACACUUCCAGCACAAGCGGUCUCACACUGUGUCUGCUACGCGCACACACACGCACAAACAUGCAUACACACACGCAUAAGUGCACACACACAAACAAAUGCACAGACUCUCUAAUGCAUACACUAUUAAAUACACACAAACAGAUGCACAAACACUCUCACACACACAUUUAUGCAUACACACAAACACAUGCUCACACACUCAUGCAUACACAUGCACUCACACAUCUGUGACACACUUUCUCACAUACAAAUACACUCUUUCUCACACACACACUUAAGCAUACACACAAACGCAAGCAUGCUCACUCACACCCUAGGACAGAACCAAACACACACACUCAUGCUCAUAUAUGCACUCACACAGGCACACUAACACACACCCACACAUAUGCAUUAAAAUGACACACACAAUCACACUCACACACACACACACACUCAUGCAUACACAUGCACUCACAGAUUUGUGAUACACUUUUUCACACACAUACACUCACACACACACACACACACACACACACACACACACUCACACACACACACAACUUAAGCAUACACACAAACGCAAACAUGCUCACACACUAGCACAGACUCAAACACACACACUAAUGCUUACCAAUACACUCACACUAAGACACACACUCAUGCAUACACACAAACACACACUUAUGCAUACACAUGCACUCACACAGAUGCACUCACACACGCAUUUACACAUUCCUAUAUACACACUCGCACAAACUGGAAACGCAUACACAUGCACUCGCACAGAAACACACACUUAUGCACAGAGACACAUACUCAAACACACACACACACACACACACACACACACUUAUGCACACAAACGCACUAACACUUAUUUCUGCUUAUACACUUGCAGACACACACAUUCAUGCUUACACAUUCACACAGACAUACAUACAUACACACACACACACACACACACUCAGGCAGUGGGUCCGUCUGUCUCUGACUGUGAUUGUGAACUGAUUGCACUGCCUCUUUCCUGAAGCCAUGUGUCUGGAUGAUCCACAUGAUGAAAUGACAGAUAAGCUCGUCCAGAUCAGAGAUGUGUGUGCGUGUUUGUGUGUGUGUGUGUGUGUGUGUGUGUGUAAAGCAGCAGCCAUGGCUUAUCUGAUUUUACAGUAUGUCUGCCUUUUAAGAGCUUCUGUUCAGAGCUGAAGAAGGGGCUCACUCACUCUCAGCUGAUCACUCUGUUCCAACUGCUUGCUUGAACUUAAAUUUGAG